AUGACAAAUGGUCAUUCGGUUCCUCCUUCCGCCAUCUCCAACGGGGUGACAUUUCUUGCUCAUCCUUUACCGGCCACCAACGGUGCCUGUCCCUUGCCGGUCAAUGGCUCCACUGUCGCUAAUACCACUGCCGGAAAUGGCGGCAAUACGAAUUCCGCCAACCCCGAAGAAAUCUCCACCAUCUUUGUCGUAGGAUUUCCGGACGACAUGCAAGAACGUGAAUUUCAAAAUAUGUUUAUAUUUUCACCUGGUUUCGAGGCCGCUACGCUUAAGAUCCCCAGCAAAGAAACCGACGACGAUACUGCCAUGAACGGGAAUAACAGUAAUACUAGAAAACAAAUCAUUGGUUUUGCUAAAUUCCGUACACGGCUCGAAGCGAUGGAAGCCAAAGAUAUAUUAAGUGGACGUAAAGUGGAUGCCGAAAAAGGCUCGGUUCUCAAAGCGGAAAUGGCCAAAAAGAACCUUCACACAAAACGUGGAUUAUCGAAUGAUCUUCCCUCACAGCAACCGCCGUUACCAUCACAAUCAUCGCAUCAACCAUCUUCUCUUCAAUCGCAUUCACAGCCAUCCAUUUUACCUGUAGCCUCCAGUUCAUAUUCCAUCAUUUCUCAGCAACAGCAACAGCAACAACAUGCAUCAUCACAAUCCCAAUCGCUAUCGCAACCACCAUCGCAACAACAGCAACAAGUUUCACAACCAUCGUCAUCCACAUCACAGCAAUUACAAUCGCAACAGCAACCACCAUCAGUACCACAGCAACAACAACCACAGCAACAACCAGCACCGCAUCCCCAUUCAACAUCGCAGUCUCAUAUGCCAUCUAAACGCUACUCUAAUCCAAAUCAUGCAUCUGCUUAUGAAGCCUUUUAUUCCGUGCCAGCUCUUCCUAGCGACUUGUUGCCCUCGAAUGAUUUUGCUUACUCGAAUUUAUACAACGAUUUAUUUUCUCCUGGAAAUACGCCCACUGCAUCGGGGCUGAAUGACUCCAUUUUCGCAUCACGCGCCCCAUCGUUUGAUGUUCGCAGUGGAUCCAUGGGCGAUAUGUUUGGCACAAAACCGUUGCCGGCUGCCAUUGUUUCCUCCAGUUCCUCUUCGCGCAUGCCCACCGGAUUCAACACCGGUCAUCGUUUUUCUUCCAAGAGUAUUCUUGACAUGGACAGUGAAGCCCACUCGCUCGACUAUCUGUCCAAGUCGACGCCUUCCCAUUCUGACCAUGGUUUCACAAGUAUGGCAGGACUGUUCAGCCCUACCAGCAGCCUCAUCAGCAGCUACAAGGCCACCGCCAAUGGAUUCCCAUCUACCUUUUCGCCGCCUUCGUCUGGAACCGGUUUAAGUAGUGUUCUCGAAGAAACGUAUGCUUCCAGCACUUCGUCGCCUCCUUCGUCUUCGUCUCAACAGCGACUACCCAUGGCCUCGCCGCCUGAUGAUUUUGCGUUUGCCACGCGAUUUGGUGAACUCAGUAUCAAUACAAAUUCUCUGGGGGGCGGAUCGGGGAUCGGCAGUGGUUUGACUUCACCGGGCGUUACUUCGCCUACGGGUUACCGUAGUUUUGGACUCAUCAGCGGCAGCACGAAUCCGGCCGAUCAAAAUCCGCCGUGCAAUACGUUGUAUGUUGGCAAUUUGCCUCCCAAUACUGUCGAAGAUGAAUUGAUCACCUUGUUCCAAAAAUGCGUCGGUUACAAACGUUUAUCGUUCCGUCAAAAAUCCAAUGGCCCCAUGUGCUUUGUUGAGUUCGACGAUGUCGUCUAUGCCACGCAGGCUUUACAAGAACUUAAUGGCCAACAUCUCAGCAACUCACUAAAAGGCGGGAUCCGCUUGUCUUUUAGUAAAAACCCUUUGGGUAUUCGUCAGUCGACAACGAACGGUUCUACCAACAAUAUGAACAGUGGUAUUUCAGCUUCGAAUCACCUCGGCCACAAUUUUGGAUUCAAUAAUUCGUUAACGAUGGGAAAUUAUCCAUUUAUGAGUCAACGAGAAACGACGUUUGAUCCCGAACUUUCAUAA